AUGCCUGCUCCCACGCUUCUCAACGGCUCUCAGAGGCGGCCGGAACUGCACCUCGUUAGCGACGAGGACUCCGUAUACGAACAGGAUAUCCUGCGAAGCCCUGGAAGCAUCAAGCCGUGGCUUGCCUACAUUCAGUUCAAGUCCCAACAUGGAACUGUACACGAACGCGCUUUCGUGCUCGAACGAGCCUGUCUCCAACUCCCCCGGUCUUACAAGCUAUGGAAGAUGUAUCUUACCUUUCGCACCAAGCACGUUUCGAAGCUAAAUGCUGCCAUUUUCCCCGCCGAGUACCGAAAAGUCAAUGCCUUAUUCGAGCGCGCGCUCAUUCUGUUGAACAAAAUGCCUCGCAUCUGGGAGCUAUAUCUGAAGUUCUUGCUUCAGCAGCCGCUGGUCACGACCACCCGACGCACUUUCGAUCGAGCCCUUCGCGCCUUGCCGAUUACCCAGCACAAUCGAAUCUGGGCUCUCUACAAGCCGUUCAUCAACUCUGCUGCAGGAAUCAGCGCCGUCAAGGUGUGGCGCCGCUACAUGCAAAUACACCCCGAGGACGCCGAAGACUUCAUCGAGCUCCUUGUGCAGGUCGGCUUCUACACUGAAGCCAUCAAGAAGUACAUGGACAUCCUCAACAAUCCGCGCUUCACUAGCAAGCAAGGGAAAGGGCACUAUGAACUGUGGAGCGAAAUGGUGGACUUGAUGGUCGAGCACGCGGCGGAUAUUGAAACCGGUCACGAAACGGGUAUUGAUGUUGACAGGAUCGUCAGAAGCGGCAUUGUCAGGUUCGCCGAUCAACGAGGAAAACUCUGGUGCGGCCUAGCGACUUACUGGAUCCGACGAGGCAGCUUCGAGCGCGCCAGAGACGUGCUCGAGGAAGCCAUCACCACGGUAAUGACGGUCAGAGACUUCACGCUUGUUUUCGAUUCGUACACCGAGUUCGAAGAGUCCAUCAUUGGAGCCCUAAUGGAGGUAGCCUCGGAGCGUGCCGACAACGGUAUCGUGGACGAGGAGGCAGAUUUCGAACUCGACAUACGGAUGAUGCGGUUCGAGCAACUCAUGGACAGACGGCCAUUCCUUCUCAACGACGUAGUCCUGCGCCAGAACCCCAACAACGUGUCUGAGUGGGAGAAGAGAGUGGCUCUCUGGGGCGACAACCAUCUCGAAGUCGUUCAGACAUACACAGCCGCCAUCGCCACGAUACAACCGAAAAAGGCCGUCGGGGCCUUCCAUCAGCUUUGGGCCAAUUACGCCAAAUUUUACGAGCGUGGUGGUGACAUACGCAAUGCGCGCAUCAUCAUGGAGAAAGCCGUCAAAGUCCCAUUCAAGUCCGUUGCCGAAUUGGCUGAUAUGUGGAUUGAAUGGGCUGAGAUGGAAUUGAGGAACGAGAACUUUGACGAUGCCGUACGAAUCAUGGCCAAGGCUGUCCAGGCACCGAAGAGAUCCACAGUCGACUACUUUGACGAGACGCUAUCGCCGCAGCAGCGUGUGCACAAGAGCUGGAAGCUGUGGAGUUUCUACGUGGACCUCGUGGAGAGUGUCAGCACUGUGGAGGACACACGAAAGGUCUACGAGCGCAUCUUUGAGCUGCGAAUCGCGACACCGCAGACAGUGGUCAACUAUGCGAAUCUGCUGGAAGAGCACCAGUACUACGAAGAGUCGUUCAAGAUUUACGAACGUGGCCUGGACCUCUUCAGUUACCCAGUUGCCUUUGAGCUGUGGAAUCUCUACCUUACAAAGGCCGUGGAUCGCAAGAUCGGUAUUGAGCGUCUGCGCGACCUCUUCGAACAGGCCAUUGAAGACUGCCCACCCAAAUUCGCCAAGGUCAUCUACCUCAUGUACGGCAACUUGGAAGAGGAGCGGGGCCUCGCGAGGCACGCUAUGCGCAUCUACGAACGCGCAACGCGUGCGGUGGCGGAUGAGGAUCGGGCAGACAUGUUCAACUUCUACAUCACCAAGUCAGCGUCUAACUUUGGCCUGCCAUCGACGAGGCCAAUCUACGAAAAGGCGGUUUCCACUCUACCCGACAACGAAGCACGGGAUAUGUGCCUAAAGUUUGCCGACAUGGAGAAGCGCCUUGGCGAGAUCGAUCGGGCGAGAGCCAUUUACGGUCACGCGUCACAGUUCUGUGAUCCACGCACCAGUCCAGCUUUUUGGACCAAGUGGGAGUCAUUCGAGGUGCAGCAUGGCAACGAGGAUACGUUCAAGGAAAUGCUCCGUAUCAAGCGAAGUGUGCAGGCGCAGUACAACACGGACGUCAAUUUCAUCGCGUCGCAAGCGCUUGCGCGUAGUCAGCGGAGACCGGAGGACUCGGGCGAUGCCGAGGUGGACGAUGCCAUGGCGGCACUUGAGCGACAAGCAAGAGCACCAGCCGGGUUCGUGGCUGCCAGCGACGCUACCAAGAUGAGCAGCACAUUGGAAGCACCGCCAGCACCGGCGAAUCCGGACGCUAUCGACAUUGACGACCUUGACGAGUAA